CCUCCAAAAUUACCAAAAGAAGACCAAGAGGAGUUUGAAAGACUACAAAAAAUUGCCACCUCCCAAGCCGCUAUUGAAGAAUACAAUCUACAAUUAAAGGAUGGCACUGAAAAGAACCCCCAAGAAAUUUUGGCAAAUAAAAUAAUUCCAAAUGAUUCUAUUGAUCUAUCAACCAAUCUUUUGAAAACUAUCCCUGAAUUCGAAGGCGAUGUUAAUCCAAAAACCGGUGAAAUAGGUGGCCCCAAACAAGAUCCUCUUCGUCAUGGUGAUUGGUCUUUUAAUGGCAGAGUAACAGAUUUUUGAGACUUUAUUAAUCAAAUCUCUUUUUUAUCUUUUCUUAAUCAAUGCUCAAAUUAUUAACCAAUUCACGUAUCAAGUUAUUCAAGCUAUUCAAAUUACUCAAACUAGUAAUCAAAUUAUAAUACUUUAUUCACCUUAUAAAUCUUAUACAUCUUAUAUAUCUAAUACAUCUAUUUCAUUUAUAUCUUCAAAACCUUUAUAUACAUUAAUCGUUUUCAUUAUAAUAUACCUAUCAUUCUAUAACCAUUUUACAAUUACUCUAUAAUAAUCAUUCUAUAACCUUUUCAUGCCAGUUGUAUGCUAUUUUAACUUGAAACUAUAUUCACAUUCAUAGAAUAUUCAUAGGAUCAUUCCUUAUCACUCAAGGGUAUCAAAAAAAUUAAAAAAAAUCAAAAAACAAAGGAAAUUUAAUAAGAAAGAAAUAAUUAUAGCUUUGAUCAUUAGUAUCCAAUUUUAAACA